AUGGGGGCUUUGCUGGAGGACCUAGCCAGCAACCCUCAUCUAGCUCCUACGUAUGCAGCGGUGAAUGCUCUAUGCACUAUUGGAACAGAAGAAGCCUAUGAUGUCAUUAACAGGGAAAAGCUUCUAGGAUUCCUCUGGUCCCUGAAGCAACCCGAUGGAUCCUUCAACAUGCAUGUGGGUGGAGAAGUGGAUGUAAGAAGUGCCUAUUGUGCUGCCUCUGUGGCAUCACUGACCAAUAUCAUGACACCCAAGUUAUUCGAUGGUACGGCUGAAUGGAUAGCCAGGUGCCAGUUUUGGGAAGGUGGCAUCGGUGGGGUGCCAGGCAUGGAAGCACAUGGAGGAUAUACAUUUUGUGGCUUGGCAGCCUUAGUCAUUAUGAAGAGGGUUCACCUAUUAGAUCUAAAGAGCUUGUUGAGAUGGGUUGUUUUUAGACAAAUGAGAUUUGAGGGUGGAUUCCAAGGUCGCUGUAAUAAAUUGGUUGAUGGCUGCUAUUCCUUUUGGCAAGCUGGUCUGCUGCCCCUCCUCCAUAGAACUUUACAUGCUGAAGGAGAUUCGGCCCUCAGCUACACCAACUGGAUGUUUGACCAGAAGGCCCUCCAGGAAUAUAUUCUCAUGUGUUGCCAGUGCCCCAGCGGUGGUUUACUAGAUAAACCUGGCAAAUCAAGAGACUUCUAUCACACCUGCUAUUGUUUGAGUGGCUUGUCUGUAGCUCAGCAUUUUGGAAGUGGUGAGAUGCUUCGGGAGACUGUUGUGGGAUCUCCGGAAAACAUUUUGAAACCUACACAUCCUGUAUAUAAUAUUGGACCCGAUAAGGUGGCUUCUGCCAUCAUGCAUUUUAUGCAGAAAGAGAUUCCAGACUUAAAUUCCAAAAACAAUGAAAUGUAG